UGUUGCAGCCACACAAGUGGGAGAACGCCAUGACCCUGGACUGGGCGUCAUGGGGCUACCGUCGCAAUGCUGGCUACUACGACUAUGUCCCCAUUGACUACCUCAUUACCACCCUGGCGGAGACCAUCAGCUGUGGAGGUAACCUACUGAUCAACGUGGGCCCGACGCACGACGGUCGCAUCCCGGCCAUUAUGGAGGAGCGACUCCGGCAGCUGGGCUCCUGGCUGGACAUUAACGGCGAGGCGGUGUACGACACCACACCCUGGCAACACCAGAACGACACCGUCACUCCUGGAGUGUGGUGA